GCAGCUGUAAGUAGCGGAGUAGAGAGAGAGGAUGAUUAAGGGUUGAUGUUCACAAGGUCGUCGGUGAUAGCGAGCAAGAAUUGUUUAGCAGGCCCUGUGUGGGUCACAGACACGACACGACAUCACCUGUAUCAUCAUAUCCUUUGAAGAUGUUCUCUAUGCUCAUGCUUACAACAACAUUGCUUUCGUCAUUGUUCGCAUCCUUCCUCGGCUAGUGCGAACUACUUGUUCGGCGGCAACUGCCGCGACACCCUUGGUAACAAGCCAAGCCUCCGCGUUGCACCAAAAACCAGAAAUAUCCCCUGAACACACGAACUUGUCGCAACGAUUACGUCCUCGUUCACGACGAUCACAACAUCUUCCUGCACAAAUAACUACCGCAAGGCAUAGAACAAGCUAUGCAAGAUGGGCGACUCCAAUUCCAAGCACUCAAGAGGACCCACGCCAGUCGAUGAGAAAAGAACGAAGGAUGGCAAGAAGAAGAGGAAGAGACGGCCAGGGGAAAAGAAGAAGAAAAAAGCCAAACCAACCUACACGGUGGAAGAGGUGCAGCAGAAGAUAGAUGAAGGUUCCACGUAAUACACUUUUGAUUUGUACUGGUGAGGAGCGUGAACAAUGAUUUGUUCUUAUGCAGUCAAUUUCUCGAAUAAGCUACAAAAUCUAAAUCACUAAAGGCUCUUUCACACUGCCAAUUAACCCAGCAGGUGCCGAACGAAUAUCCGAUCCUGAGUGUUUUCGUGAGCUCAUUUCGCAGUUGAGUCACGAUCAACAGGGAGAAUUCCUAGAUCUAAUACUCAUUCAGCAGGAAGACUAUGGCAAUGGUAUCUUUCUAAAAAUAAUGAAUAUCAAAUGACCAUUACGAAUGUAGAGAUAAUACCAGAUGACCAUUACGAAUUUAUUUGAAAUAUAAUUCGUGUUCUAAUCCAAGCUCCUAGAGCAGUACCGACAGGGUGCGAGUGUGUUACAGCCGACUAUAAGUCCGACGUCUGCUGCGGAAUAUGAGAGGAAAAAGAAAGCUGGACUCAUCGAUCCGAACUCGAGCGUAUCUGACGAUCUGAAGCAGUUAGUGGAUCCGAAGAAAAGGUACAACUUGUCAACUUGCUUCGUACUUCUGAACUAAGUACCAAGAAUUGCAUAACCAUAUUGUCACCUUCGACGUGAUAUAAUGAUUGAUUCAAUUUCAACGAGAAAAAGAUUGGAGAAUUAUAUCAAAGCAUUGUACUUAGUUUCAGCAGCCAACAAGACUCUCCUCGAGGGCGGAUGAAUUCAAUAAAACCCAGUCCGGCAACGUCACCCGAGAAGAAAGCAGAACGGGAGCGACAGAGGCAGUCCGUUAAGGAUUUUUGUGAGGAGAAGGGAGAAGCUGGAGCUGGAAAGAAGGACUUAACAAGGGAAGAAAGGAUGGCAGGUUUACGCGAAUAUCUGGCGAACUUAAAGUUGACCGGAGCUGGGUAUUCCUUUACUUUACUGAAGAUUGACUCUUACUUUAGUGCUGUUAUUUUGUUCACCGAACAAUCUCAUUCACCACGGCCACAACUACAUUUACUUAAAAAUGUUAAUAUCACUGAACAACAAUCUCAUUCACCACAGCCAUAACAAACUACUUACAUUAUUACUUAAUGUUAAUAAGGUCUGACUCUUCUUCCGAUGGCGAAACGGAUGACGAGUAUGAGGCCGAUUUCGAGGGUAAAUCCUUAGAGCGGGUUUCUCAGGAGGCGGAUUUCGCGCUCGCAGAGGCUAUGAAGAUGUUGGAAAUGGGAGAUGGGGCCUCGAGUAAAAUGGUGGCUGGCUGAACAGCUGGGAGAGCCUAUGAUGGCUUUGAUAACACUUGAUCUCAGUGGGUGGCUGCUUCUACUUGCCGCAACUAAUAUGCACACGCUGGAUAUGUCAUAAUCGAAAGAUCAUAGCUAGGAUUAUGGGACUAGUAGCACUUCGUCUUCGACGAAAUAAGAAUAAGAUAGAGAAGCUUGUCGUACUCGUAAUAGUACACUGUUCUUUGAUGAAAAAGAAAAAUUAUCCGCCUUCACAUAUUUAGAAUUCAAAGACAUGCUGACUUACGACAUUUGACUUGUAAAACGCUUAGAAUAGAUACCGCUGAAUCCUUGAUUUGUCAUGACUCACUUUGAUCCGUUCGUCUCUGCUCACUAAAACGACCCGCUUUGCCUGACAUAAAACAGAUAACGAACAGCAACUACUACUACGCAACUAUAAGUACAAAAUAUAACAACUAUGUAUCCUGACUCGCAACUAGGUACAAAAAUGUUGUAUAACUAUCCUGACUGCUUGAAUAAGCAACAGAAGCAUUCGUUUGUGUUCAAGACAACGAACACAGAUCAUUCACCUGUCGACCAGACGAACAAAAAGCAAGAUCGAUUUCAGUUUUUCUCUCUCCCCAGCAUUCUGUUACAUCUUCAAAUGAAA